AUGAAGAAGUACUGCCAGGUCAUCCGUGUCAUUGCCCACACCCAGAUGCGCCUGCUUCCUCUAUGCCAGAAGAAGGCCCACCUCAUGGAGACCCAGGUGAACGGAGGCACUGUGGCCGAAAAACUGGACUGGGCCCGAGAGAGGCUAGAGCAGCAGGUCCCUGUGAACCAAGUGUUUGGGCAGGAUGAGAUGAUUGAUGUCAUUGGGGUGACCAAGGGCAAAGGCUACAAAGGGGUCACCAGCCGUUGGCACACCAAGAAGCUGCCCCGUAAGACCCACCGCGGGCUGCGCAAGGUUGCCUGUAUUGGGGCGUGGCAUCCUGCACGGGUGGCCUUCUCUGUGGCUCGGGCCGGGCAGAAAGGCUACCAUCACCGCACCGAGAUCAACAAGAAGAUCUACAAGACUGGCCAGGGCUACCUCAUCAAGGAUGGCAAACUGAUCAAGAACAAUGCCUUUACUGAUUACGAUCUGUCUGACAAGAGCAUCAACCCUCUGGGUGGCUUUGUCCACUACGGUGAAGUGACCAAUGACUUUGUCAUGCUCAAAGGCUGCGUGGUGGGAACCAAGAAGCGAGUGCUCACCCUUCGCAAGUCCUUGCUGGUGCAGACCAAACGGCGGGCCCUGGAGAAGAUUGACCUCAAGUUUAUUGACACCACCUCCAAAUUUGGCCAUGGCCGCUUCCAGACUGUGGAGGAGAAGAAAGCGUUCAUGGGACCACUUAAGAAGGACCGAAUUGCAAAGGAAGAAGGGGCCUAAUGUCAGAACAGAUUAUACAGCUGGUAGAAUCUCAAUAAAGUUAUUUUCCAGUG